CGUCACGCUUUAACCAAGCCGCUUCCUGCACGCCUGGAAGGAAACAUGGCGGUGGAUCCGUGGAAUAGAGUUAAUAUUCCUUAUCCGGGCGCAGCUUCGACGAGCCGGAUCAGGUUUGACGAUGCGACAGCCAGCACCGUCGAGGGUGUGGUGUCGCAGGCCGGCGGGGUGCUGAAGCUGCUGGGCAGUGAGCUGCUGCGGACGGAGGUCCGUGUCCUGUACGAGAUCGUUUACGUGGUGAACAACAACCUCAGACAGCACAAGCCCUUCAGGGCUCUCAAGCAGGUGCAGCAGUGCAUAAAACGACUGAACGAAAUGAAUCUGCGGAGAGCUUUGCGAGACCUGCAGGAACUGUGCCCCAACAAAAUGCAGAGGCAUGUGGGAGUGGAAACUGGACACUGUGUCGUGCCCAGUCAGCCCAUGCUGGAGUGGAUUUGUCUCAAACUGCUGGGAGCGUCCAAUCUCAUGGUUCGGACCCUGGACCAGUGCACCAAAGCCUUCUCACUGAUAAGACAGCAUCUUCGUUUGGCUGAGUUUAUUGUGCUGAACUUGGUGCUCGCAAGCAUGGUCAGUCGACUCUGGGUGUACUUCAGAGGUGUCCUAAAUGCCCUUGUGCCCGUGUACCAGGGGACCUUAGAGCUCCGUCAUCAGGUGGCCCAGUGUCGGCCCAUGGCUUACCUGACCGACUACACCUUGCCAGGAGAUCUGGAAAGCUUCCUGAGUCCCCCUGACUCUUACCUGCUCUGGAAGGGGGGAAGAGCGGAGGCAGUGAGAGUUGAGAGAGCUGAGUCCUCCGUCCUCGAAAGGCUGUUCCAGGAGGGAGAGGAGGAGCAGGUGGAGGAUGCCAGAGGAGAGGAGAGAGAGAUGAUGCAGAUGUUAGCUGUUGAGGGGAGGACGAAAUCCAGUAUGGAUCUGGGGAUGGCUGUUUUACGGAAGGAUCCACGUUACACCAGUUCUUCCUCAGGGUUGGAUAUAAAGACGAUGCUUCAGGGGACCCAUGGUGUUACCAAACAGUGUGUAGUGGACGUGUUUCAGAUGUCCACCUCCACUGGAGACGCCACUUCUGAGCCAGCUUUAGACCAGCAGAAGAGGGUGUUCUUAAAACUGCUAAGAAACACAUCUUCUUUUAGCGAAAUGGCUGUCCAGCUGAAAGAGAUUAUGGGCUGGUGCAAGAAGUGCAAGCUGCGCCAGGAGCGACAACAUCUGGCCGUCUUAUUUCUCCAGUGCCAGAGGAUGAAGGUCUUAGAUGGUGAAGGGAUCAGUGUGCGAAGGAAGCUGAGGAGGAUGUGCGAAAGGAUUCGGCGUGUGAUGUUUAAAGGAACCGGAGCCUCCCUGCAACAGUCUUCGCAUCUGUGGAGGACUCGAUGCUGCCUCAGAAGUCGCUUCACGACGCUUGUGGCUCGUUAUGGAAGUUUCAGGAACCGGGUUAGAGUGGCUAGACCGCGCUCUCGCAUAGCCAGGGAUCUUUUCGGUGCGACAGCGAAGUCAUUCAAGACGGUCAGGAAGGACAUGAAUGUUUCGUCUGAUGAACAGUUCCAGAAGAAACCUAGUCGUAUAAAUGACAUUGAGAUCGAUGAUAUCUUUGCAUCGUUUGGAUUGUGAUGUUAUGGGUAUGGGAAUAAUUUAUUUGAGAUUAAACGUCAACUAUGGGGUCCA